GACUGGAAUCUGGGACUGUCUCGUUUAUGUUUGCACUCUUUUCUUCGCUCUUUCUCUCCUUUCAAUACGCGAAUAUACAUUCAUCCCAUCUCUAGUGCAAAAAGUUUUGAAGAAUGAGUGCAAAACGAGUCAAAGACAGAUCUACAAUUUGGCAUUUGCAUUUGACGAAAAAGAUUAAAGAAAAAGGAGAUUAAAAGAAAUUAACAAAUUUUGCGAUAUUAAAUAGAUAGUGUUAGUACAAAUAUUAGAAUUUCACAAGCAAAAACUCCAAUAUAAAAUUAGCGGGAGUUUCGUUUGCGGUCUUUCAUGUAUAGAUGUUUUGAAUUACUUUGUUAAUUAUUUCACUAAUAAACGCUUCUUUUAUAAGCGAAUAUUAUUCUAACUAUAAAAAAAUAUAUUUUCAUAUUCAUCAUCUUGAGAGAUUAAAUUUGAAUGUCAAAUUUGCGUAAUUAGACUUUGUUAUUUUAGCGAAAUGUCUGAUAAAAAAAUAGUAAAUCGCAUUGUUGCCUUCAGUAAAGAGGAAUAUGAUGAAUAUCAAAAAUCCUUUUCAUCAGAAAAAGAAUGGCCUGGUAUUAAUGUCAAUGCUGAUUCACGAAUGACAUUAAACAUACCAAUGCUCAUUAUGGAGCUAUAUCGAUUAGUACCUUAUAAAGAAGGUCGUUAUGUACAUUUUCAUCCGUUCAAUAUGCCUUAUAUUAAAGUACGUAAAAUUGAGCUAGUUGGAAUUGUUACAAAUGUUAAACGCAAUGUCAAUAAUUUGUUUUUAACAAUUGAGGAUGGAACAGGAGUGGUAGAGAUUAAUUACAAAUUGGAACAAUAUCUGUUUCUAUUGAAACAACGACAGGAGAUUGAUGAAAAGUACAGGAACCAAGCUGAAACGUUAAGAGAAACAAAAAUAGUCAAAAAUUAUCCAAAGAAAUUUCCUGAAACACGUCCAGAGUUCACUUAUCCAUGUAAUACACCCUUACAAGAUGUAGCUAUACUGGAAAACAAAUGGUGGUUGGAAACAAACAGUGGUCUAUUGGGUAAAAAAAUUGAACCUUUUGAUCAUGUUUAUGUUACUGGAUAUCCUUAUUUUGAUACAAAAUUUCAAAAGAUACCGGAAGAGAUCACAACAGAAUUUAUUGAACAUGCAAAACUGACUGUGUUCGCACUAUCUGUCACAUGUAUUUCUGAGGAGAUUUACAAUAAAAAAUUAUCUACAUGGAUAAGCAACACUAUUCGCCAAAGAUACAAGGAGGUAGAAAAAAAAGUUUACAUUGCAAAAAAAUAA